UGUAACGUAUACUUGUGUGCGUGUGUGUCGACCUCACACGGAAAAAAAUCCCGAUUAUCGUCCGAAAUGGUCCAUGUGAACUGCUGUGUUACAUUGUCUUUAUCAAGCACUCAACGAACGCCAGAGCUGUUUUUUUUCAACUUCCACGGACAGCAAAAGGCGACAGAUUGGGAUAAGUCCCGUUAGAAUUAAGGCAAUCAAAGCGAAGUCCAAGUGGACCGACCUUUGUAUGCAGACAGUCUGCAUUUAGUAGGCGGAGACAAAACUUACGAUGUACCGGAUGCAACGAUUUUCCCGUGGACAAGUGAGUGGGAGGAGGUUGUUUCCCGGCAAAAUGAACAAGCACUCUUCAGACAUGAUUUGGGAACUUCUUAAAUGAAACUCUUUCUCAUGAUUUUUCUUGUAAAACAGAGGAGAACUACCUAACUUCUCAUGGAAAUCUUUGCCUAAUUUUCCAUUUCAUCUGUGAACGCUGAUGAAGUUAACUUAGCAAGGUUGGCAUGCCAGCCCAAGCAUGUAGAGGUGGAGACUAUACUGCGCUCCCAGAGCUCAGGUUCUUGGAAAAGCGACGCGGUUGCGCGAGUUUUGGAGAGGUGGGCCCGAUCGGCUACGGUGGAGCGAUGAGUGAGGUUGGGAGAGAUGCUCCAGAAUUCUCCAUUUACAGUACUACACUUUGCAUUGACCUGAUGUUUCAAUGCAAACGUUGCUGAACAGCAGGUCUAUUUUGUAGGUGCAUGAGCUGGUCCUACGCUAGCCCCAGACUGGGGGCCAGUCUACUGGACUCUCAGUAUCGAAUCCUACGGAUCAGAGAGUAGCUACCCCACACGUAGGGCUGUAGUGACUCUCUUUACAGUCUGUUCGCCAGAUAAUAGACAGCUUGUAAAAAAAGGUGGCGACAGAUAAGAGACAGAUUGUAAAAGAGAGCCACUACGUGUGGGACUAGGCAUAUUCCACGGUGUUUUUCAUCUACAUCCCCGAAGCUGACGUUGCGUACUCGAUGUCGCUUCCUAGCAGAACAGAUCUUGCCCAGGCAGAGCCCGAGGUGGCUCGGAAACUCUUUCGAUCUGGAAAAUACUUCAAGGAGAGUACGUCAGGAAUGUGUCAAGGUCAUGUUCAAACCAAUUUGUUGGGGCUACACAAAUCACUGGCUGAAGACUUUACGAAGUUCUGCGCCUUUAACUCUGGGCCCCUACCUCUUUUGUACCAGUCAGACGUCGGUCAGUUCACCGCUCCAGGUCUCACACAAACCGAUUCUGAUAUCAGGACAGAUCUGCCGGCGUAUAAUGUCAUGGAGAAUGGGGAAUUCACGCACACCGUAGAGAAUCUCUUGGAUUUCCAAGAAGCUUUGAAGGAUUUCAUCUUCUUCUAUAGUGGCUGUAGUUUUUCCUUUGAUCAGGCUUUGCAGGCUGCUGGCGUACCGCUGAGAAACCAGGAGCAAAAUUGUGCUGUGAGCCAGUACAAGACCAGUGUGAAGUGCCAUCCCAUUGGGCUGUUCAAAUGCAACAUGGUGGUAUCAUUGAGACCCAUCCCACGUGAUCUAGUGGAGACUGCAGUUAGAGUGACCCACCCUUUGAUCAAUUACCAUGGUGCUCCUGUCCACAUAGGCGAUCCAGCUUUCAUUGGGAUAACAAACAUCGAUAGGCCUGAAUAUUGUGGUCCUAUGAAAUUCCAUGACGACGACAUUCCUGUUUUUUGGGCCUGUGGAACUACGGUAAUCGAAGCCAUCAAAACUGUCAAACCAUCCCUUGCUUUCACACAUCAUGAGAAUGACAGUGUCUACAUCUCAGACACACCUGUCCAAGGCCAAGAUGACUCCCCGGCUGACAUCAAAGUGAUCACACUCUGUGAAAAGCCCUUCUGGGCCAGUGUGACAUCUGAAGCCGUCAUGAGAAAAAUCAAACAGCUAGAGGGUUUAAUAGCUGAAAAUUUGGGUAACAGGCAAAUCGACAACCUUGUUGUCCCUGACGAUCUCUUGAAGUCAGUCCUGGCCCUAUCCCAUGCCUCAUCUGUUGCUGUGACAACAGGCUUCCCUUGCUUCCUGAAUAACAAGAACCCCUAUGGGAAUGAUGGACCUCCAGGUGCCAUUGCUAUAGCAAUGAUGCUGCAGAUACUGGGCAAGGAGGUAGACUUGGUUGUGGACAAUGCACUGUAUGGACCACUGACCAUGGUAUUGGAAGCAAUGGUGGAGAAAAACGUUUUGGUGAGGCCAAUAUCUGUGGUUCAGUUCCCACCAGAAGGGGAGGAAGACAGCCUAGAGACAGCCAAGAAGUUCUUGCUGAAUGAUGGUAGCAACACCCCACGCUAUGACCACCUGCUUGCCAUUGAGAGGUCAGGAAAGGCUGAGGAUGGAGGGUACUAUACCAUGAAGGCCAUUGAUGUAGGUCGCCUCGUUGGUGGCAUUGAUUGGCUCUUCCUGGCAGCUGCUGAUCUACCAAAAGUUCAUACAUCAGGUAUUGGAGACGGUGGCAAUGAGCUCCGCAUGGGCAAAGUUAGAGAUAUGGUUCACCUUGACAUCCCGCAAGGCCCAACAAUCACGUGCUCUGUUGCCUCUGACUUCCUGCUAACUGCUGGGGUAUCUAACUGGGGAGGCUAUGCAGUCGCAGUGGGCUUGUACCUGGUCAGCGUCUGCCCCAUCCAUGAGAGGUACAAGAGAAGGGCAGUUGGGUUUCCACCAAGUGAUGAAGAUCGUCAACGGUUUAGAAGUGAGCUGCCAAGUGUUGACAGAGAGAGAGAGAUGCUUGGCAUCCUGAUCAGCCACGAGUUCUUUGACAUGACUGGAACGGACGUGUUGCACGUUGAUGGCCUGUCCUUUGAAGAUGUUCAUGCCAAGAAGAUUGAGCAACUCCUCAGCGUCAUUACGGAAGAGUAGGAUAGAGAAUUUGAAAUCAAAGAUACUGGUAAUGUGCAUUGUAAUGCCAAUAAUUACAAAAAUUAGUGUGACUUUUAAAGGAACUUAGCAUGUGAAGAUGGCGGAAAUGCUUUGUGUAAAAAGUAUUAUACAGUUUACAUCUUUUGAUAAGGGUGCUUAUGCAUCUAAUGCUGCCAAGAUGGAGAAAUAGAUGUGGUUUGGGGCCUUAUUGUGAGCUCUCAUACAUGGAUUUGAGUCAAAACAAGCUCCCUCAUUCCUAACACAUCUACUUGGGGCAAUAGUGGUACAUAUAUUACCCAUACCAAGUUUAGCCAACCGCUCUUACAUUCAUUAUCCAUCUUGAAGCAUCCACGCCCCUAUAUCGGUAAUUUAGGCAGUGUUGUAUUCGAGUCCAUCACAAUACCCUUCACAAGGCCUCUUAUAAGUAACAGGUUGACUAAUGACAAAAGAAUGCUUUCCUCACAAUUCAUUGGAAUACUUUCAAACAGAAUGACUGGUGAUGGACUUACAAGGACUUGUGAUGGACUUGAAUACAACACCGAAUGUAGUUUUCCAUAGCUUCAACCAACUGAAGCAUGACAAGCAUAUUUGGAAAGAGACAGAUAUAACUAAAUGCCAUCUUCAUAACAGUGAAUGUUCUGGAGAUACUUGUUGACUAAAUGUCAACAGGUUUUGGUACGUGGAAAGUAAAGCAAGACUUUGUUCAGUUCAAAUAUGCAUGAUACGACUUGUUGAUAGUUUGUAUCAGGUUAUCAUUUUUUGUUACCUUCAACCAAACAAUUUCAGUGCAACAUUGUCUUCCUGCAUGGUAAUUGAUAACAGUGGGAAAAAAGAGAGUUUACUGUUAUGUCUGAGAACUUGAUGAAAAACUAACGUACAACACUAAUUUUAAAACAAAUUUAAGAUUGCUUGGAUAGCACAACUCAGGUCAAUAUUUUUUUCUCUCAGUUUUUUUCUUUUCAAGGCAUAGGAAGAACCAUAGACUCUUUCUGAUACAAGACAAAACCACUAGCUGAAAACAAAGUCACCCAAGCAUCAUUACUUGUGAUUUCUAUUUUGGAAGUUCCAGACAAUAGUUUUGUUCUUUAUUCCUCAAGAAAAUGUUACAAUAAUGCACGCAUACUCUACAAGAAGGAAAACAUUCAUACCUCCAUAAACGCAUGGUAAUAUUUUUUUGUACAAAAUUUUCAGCGUACACUGAUCACAUUGCUGGAAUGGAUGAUGGUUACUUUCAAAACGUGAGCGUUACAAUCAUGAAAAUACAUACAUCUUGGUGAUACAGAGGACUAAAUCU